AUGAUUAAAUAAUAUAUUCUACCAUUGCUUCUAAUUUAAUUACCAUUACUUGUUAAUUCGUAAGGAUAACUUAACAUACAAUGCUUUGGUGAAAAUUAAUCUCCAAUUUAUAUAAAACAAGAUUAUUCGUGCAAAAAUGAUGUUGAUUAUCCAUUCUAUUUUAUUUUUGAUUAAAGGGAUAUCAAAAUUUCAGUCUCUCAAGCAGACUACCAUAAAAAGUAUUCAGUUAGCGAUGGAGGUAUUUCAAUAACUGCCAAAGACACAAACAACUAAAUUUAGACUUUUAAUCUAACAAGUAUUGAAAUAUACACACCGGGACGACAUAGAAGAUUAUAUAAAAACAUGUAUGAAGAUGUAUAUCAGUCUGUUAUUCCUGAUGUUGAACUUGUAUUUUAUAUGAAAGCAUAAAGUACAACUAAUUAGCAAGAAAAUAGCGAAAAUGGAUAAGCAAUAACCUAAGCAGCUGUUAGUUUUCUAUUUAACAGAUAAGGAAAAUAAAAUAUGAGCUGGUAUUUAGAAGGAAGUUUUUUAUUGUCCCCGUUUGCAAAUAAUUAAUAAACUAUCAAUAUAAAUCCUUCAACAGAUUUUCAAAAAUACUUUAGCCUGAAAUAUAAUCAUGGAUUUUUUUAAUAUCACGGGUCAUAAAUAGCUGUAAACUGUGCCUAAGAAAAUGUUAACUGGUUUGUUUUCGAUGAAAUAUUUUUACUGCAAGAUGAUGUUUAUUAAUAUUUUUACUAAAGUUAUGGGUAAUAAAAUAUUUUAUUAGGUGCUUUGAGAGAUGUUUAGCAGUUUAAUAAAAACCCUAUCAUUAAAGUUGGGUGUUUUGAUCAGCAGUAUGAAAAAAUUUAUGUAAAUAGUAAUUAUGGCUUUUGGGGGUAUUUAGUGAUAUUAACUAUUUACUUUUUUUCUGCCUAUUUCAGGCCUAACUAUAAAAAUAUUUAUUAAAAUGAAUACAGAAACAAUUUAAAAACAUAAAUUCCUUUGUAUUCAAUUUUUAAAGUAGAGCAUAGAGUUUACUUUAAUAAAAAUAGUAGGACUACUUUACUAUUUACUCAAAUCACAUUUUAGAUGUUCAUUUAAUGCAUCUUAAUUUAAUAGAAUAGCUCAUAGAUUUUUUCUUUUGUAAUUUUUAGCUUUGUAAGUGUUUUCAUUAGUUGGCCUCCUUGCUUUUUAUUAGGAUACUUAAACUUUCUUAACUAUAAAAAAUUUAAAAUAAUUUUGGAUUCUUAGAUAAAAAUUAUAAAAGCUUCUGAACACAACAAAGAUGAUGAAGAAUUUAUUCAAUAAAUUGAAAAAUCUCAGUUCUAAUCUCAUACUUACACAUACAUAUUUUAUACGAUUUGCAUGGGAUUGAUGAUAUGUUUCUGGAUAGUUAGCUCAUUAAUAAUGUAAAAUUGGAGUGAUUAAAAUUAUAUUAAUUGGGCAAUAUCUGUGCCUAUAAUGAUUAUAAUAGACUUACUAAUCGAUAUAUUAAUUGUCAAACUAAAGUUAAAGCCAUAAUUUUUUGCUCUUAAAGGAUAUUAUUUGGAUGUAGAAUUAACUGAUUUGAUAAAACAAGACAAAGACAUUAAAAUUAUUUGA